AUGGCUACAGUGAAAGGCUUGUUCGGAUACCACCCUAAAUGUAAGAAGAUCGACCUCACUCACAUUUCUUUUACAGAUGACGUUCUAAUCUUCUGUAAAGGAAAUAUUGAAUCUGUUGUUGGAGUCAUUAGUGUACUGGACCAUUUCUAUGAAAUGUCAGGUCUAAAACUUAAUGCUGCCAAAUGUGAAAUAUAUACAACAGGAAUCACUUCCAGAAAUCUAGAGCAUUUAUUACAAUCAACGGGAUUCAAACAUGAUUACUUGUCAGUGAGAUACUUAGGGGUUCCUUUAACCACAAGGAAACUCAAAGAAAAGGACCGUGUGGUUCUCAUUGAAAAGAUCAAAUCAAAGCUUCAUCAUUGGUCGGGAAAGUUCUUGAGCUAUGCAGGAAGAUUAGAACUCAUCAGAGCUGUCAUCUUCAGUAUAUCAAACUACUAG